AUGUUCUUUAUUCGGCUGGCUGAAGCUCUUAGGAUUAUCUCCCGCAAGCAUCCAACGAAGAUAUUGGAAAGUACGAUGAACAGCUUUAAUAAAGUGAAAAAAUUUGAUCCAGUCCUCAUCAUUUCACCGAAUCACAAUUGGAUAGCUCAAUCCCAACAAGAACCAAUCGGUACCGCAUGGAUACUUAAUAAAGUGGGAGUACGUAAAAGCGAUGUUGGUGAAGAUGAUAACUUCUUUAAAAGAUGA